AUGACGCUGUUCAGCGUCCAUCUCGACCCGACGCUCGUCGUCGUUGUCAAUGAUGAGCAAAAUGUUCCGGCAAUCAGCCCACUGCUUGAAUCAGACACAAGUCUCAUCUCCACUCGUGACGCGAGCGGUGACGGCGGCAAAGCACUAGCACCGACGGACCUCGCCUCCGAGCCAAUCGCUCCACCACCGCCUACCGCAGCAUCCACGACAGCGUUGCGAAAUGGCUCCCAAGUCCUCAAAAAGGGUAUGCCAAUUCGUGUACCCAUGCUUCAGCGCGCAAGGACGUCGACGUUCUGGACCCGUGACAAGGACAAGCGAUCCCAAGCAGUCAAUAGUGCCAAGGCCUCGAACAGUCUCUCCCUAAAGCUCUCCAGUUAUGUCGUCCCUCUUCCUCUGCCAAAGGAAGUACCGCCGGCUGCCCCCGUGCCAGAGGAGAAGCCAUUAGACGAGCCCGUGAUACUGCCAGCAGUCGAAAGACCUCCAAUACAACCGGAAUCUUACAAUGCCGAAUCGCCCAAAGUGGACGCCCAAUCGUCCCUUUCCUCACUUCUUCAACCUAUCCUAUCCCUCUUUCCGCCACCGCAAUCAACAGCUCUUGCACCGGCAAUUGAUUUGGAAACCCCGGAUGCCCCUCCCUCUCCGACUUUGUCCGAAAAGGACGAAAUAGGCGACAAGACCGUUGGCGGGGAUGGACUGGAACCCUUUACCAUCCAUCGGCCGCGUGUACUGGAACCGGUUCGAGAAGCUACGGCCGCACGAAAGGCCUAUACGUUUGAUUGGAAGAUUGACGUGUUUGGCGAUUCACCCGUAGCUGUCAAGGGCCAACGGACCAAAUAUCCCAAACAUCAUCAGCCACCAACUUCAAAUGCCCCAGUGCUACCACCCAUCCCGGCGUGUCCACCCCUCGACUUUGACGCCACCUCUUCAACCUCCCCACCACCGCAGCGGGUCGAGAAUCUGCAGAAAGACAAGCUCAAGAAAAAGGAGAGUGUCGACUCGUUACGCCGUAACAUACAGAGCCCAUUGCUCCCCUUGGCGCUUUAUCGCGCAGCACGAAGAAAUCGAUCACGUUCGACAGCGUCGAUCGGGACAAUGUUCUCUUCUUCCUCUUCAGGUCUACCAACAUCCUUCCUCAGACUCUUCUCUGCGUCAGACGCGCGGACGUCUUCCUUUGCGACGUUCUUCUCUGACCCAUCGCUGGUAUCCGUCACGAGCGGUGUCAGUAGUUUUGAACAAGACGAGCUCAUGACGCCGUUUGGAUCCGAGGUGAUGCUCGGAUAUCAUCAUGCUGUCCCAGCAGGCGUGCGGUUUGCAAAGGAUAGAGAUUACGAAUCUGUGAGGGAGAGGGAGAGGGACGACGACCAAAGUCAGAGUCGUCGGACGCGCGAGGCAGGAAGGACGUCUCCUUCACUCGAUCUAUCCUCCCCAACCUCGAGUAUUCGCAGGGCCAUUGACGCAAUGGGUCUCGCCUCGCCAUCUAUCCCCAUGGAACUGGUAGACGCACUCAGGAGUAAUCCAGAACUCCACACGUUCUUCUCGGAAGACACGCUCGCCGAGGAUAUGGAGCUAUCCAACGCUCUUGCCAAUUACGCUCAAGCUCAGAGUCAUCGUCAGGAUGAGCUUGAAACGGAAGACAUGGAGUCCCUUCAAGAACAUGGGCAGGAAGAGGAACACGGGGAAGAGGUCGAGAUGCAUACGGGCACGACACCGCAUACACCAUCCACCGAUCGUUCGGUGCCCGAGGACGAUUCGGAUGACGACUAG